UCGACCGUGCUGUUGAGGUCAAAGGUAACAUACACGAUCUGAGCUGACUGGAUCGACCCGAUCGCGAACUGCAACUGCCCUCUGAUAGAUUGGCAAGAAUAUGCACUUUCUUCUCCUGAAAAAGGAAAUUGAAUAGAUGGAUCUUCCUGAGGCUAUAGAGAUGGAGGAUAUGGAGAUCCCUCCUCCUGAUGCUCCUCCGUACACAAACAAUCUCCACACACAGAAGGCGUUUGAGGUGCUUAAUGUCUUCAGAAAACAAAACAUUUUAUGUGAUGUAAUUCUGGAGGCAGAGGGUGUGGAGAUCCCAGCUCAUCGUAUCGUGCUAGCCUCCUGUAGCCAGUAUUUCUCGGCCAUGUUUACCAGUGAACUAUCCGAGAGUCGAGCGGAGAAGAUUAUUCUCCAGGAGGUGGAUGGCAGAGCUCUUUCAUUACUCAUUGAUUUUGUCUACACCUCAGAGGUGCAGGUUACAGAGGAAAAUGUUCAGACCCUCCUACCUGCUGCCAGUUUAUUACAGCUGAAUGACGUCAGAGAUGCAUGCUGUGAUUUCCUGCAAAAACAACUUCAUCCUACCAACUGUCUUGGUAUAAGAGCAUUUGCUGACGUACACUCGUGUAGCGAACUCUACCACUAUGGUCAGAAUUAUACCAUGCAACACUUCAGUGCUGUUGUCCAUAGCGAUGAGUUCUUUGCUCUGCCAGCUGCUCAAGUCUGUGAACUAAUUAGUAGUGAUCACCUGACAGUCCAUUCAGAAGAAGAGGUAUUUGAAGCCGUAGUGUCAUGGGUGAAGCAGGAUCCUAGUAACCGUAGCGAUUACAUGCCGCAGCUUGUUGAACAUGUCAGACUGCCUCUCCUUUCACGGGACUAUCUCAUCCAAAGAGUGGAGGAGGAACAGCUCAUUAAAGGUAUCUCAUCGACCGGCAACAGCGAUUGUAAAGACUUUCUGAUAGAGGCCAUGAAAUACCAUCUAUUACCCAAAGAGCAGAGAGGCACAAUGAAGAACCCUCGAACCAGAUUACGCACUCCUAUUGGACUACCAAAGUUAAUGCUGGUAGUCGGUGGACAAGCCCCUAAAGCUAUCCGUAGUGUUGAAGUGUAUGAUUUCAAGGAGGAGACCUGGACGCAAGCAGCUGAGAUGCCAUCAAGAAGAUGUAGAGCAGGGGUUGCUGUUUUAAACGGCAUGGUGUAUGCUGUUGGUGGUUUCAAUGGAUCUCUGAGGGUGAGAACAGUAGACGUCUAUGAUCCUGUCCGGAACAUGUGGUCUUCAGUGGCCUCUAUGGAAGCGAGACGGAGUACGUUAGGCGUAGCAGUCUUGAAUGGCAUGAUCUAUGCAGUAGGUGGAUUUGACGGCACCACUGGAUUGAGUAGUGUAGAGGCCUACGAUCCUAAGAUGAAUGAAUGGAGACCGGUAGCACAGAUGAACACAAGACGGAGUAGUGUCGGAGUUGCUGUCCUCAAUGGUUUUCUGUAUGCUGUAGGAGGCUAUGAUGGGGCCUCAAGACAUUGUCUAAGCUCAGUAGAAAGAUACGACCCAGCUGAUAAUAAAUGGUCCACUGUGGCUGAGAUGAGUACAAGGAGGAGUGGGGCAGGCGUUGGUGUCGUAGAUGGCUUACUGUAUGCAGUAGGAGGCCAUGAUGGUCCUAUGGUUAGAAAGAGUGUCGAGGUAUACAACCCAGACUCAGAUAGGUGGUCACAGGUAGCCGACAUGACACUCUGUAGGAGGAAUGCAGGUGUAGCAUCGGUGAAUGGACUCCUGUACGUAGUGGGCGGAGACGAUGGAACGUCAAAUCUUGCCUCGGUGGAAUGCUUUAACCCAAGAACUGAUAAUUGGUCGCUUGUUCGCACGACCAUGACAACGGGUCGCAGUUAUUCGGGAAUAGCGACCAUUGACAAGGUCCCAUCGCUGAACGCUUACCGGGAAGCGAACUCGUUACAAUGGGAUCCCGAGAGCAUGAAGACAGAGGGAGCUUAUGCACAGCUGCCCAACCCUUGAUAAGGUGCUCGCGUUGGAUUAGUCGAUGACAUGAAAGGGCGCAACAGAAGCAGAGCUGAAUCGCCGGAAGGAUGCUUUUGAACACUGUGUGGCGUAGAGUGCGUGGACGUGGUUUGAGCUUCAGUUCUAUGUGCAUGUUAAUGAUUUUCAUGCUUUAUAGUGACUCGCGAGCAAUCAAUCAGCUUGAAAGAAUUCUUCAUGGACUUUUAUUUAUCUGGUUGAUGACGACAAGUAUUCGAGUGUAUAUUCAACCGUUAUUUUCAACUCUGGAUGGUAGUGCAAUGGGCUGAAUAGGUAUCUCGCUUCAAGGUUUAUUGAAUAGAGGAAUCGGUGGAAACAUCUACUUUUCUUCAUGCCACAUAAAGUUGAGCUCUCAAUCAUAUAUUUAAAAGAGAAACCGUACCUGUGAUCCUUUCUCUGUGGGUUUAUAUGCAAUUAGUAGUAUUCAGUUUGUCCUUGAUGUUGAGUUUGGAGUCGUGAGUGGCUACUACAAUUUGUUCUCAACAUUCAAAUGAACGAAACACACUGCUUUGUCGUUUUUUAACGGAAGUUUUGUAAAAAGUAUUUAUUGACCUUAUUUCAGCAAUGUGUGUUAAAUGUGAUCUAAUGCAGAUCUUUUCAGCAAUGUAUGAUAACUGUUUGUGAACGAAGAACCACUGAAUAUAAAUUGUUUGUAUGCAAAACUGGAUCAUGUGACCAAACAAAUACUUCUCCAUUUCCAAGUCUAUGAGAUGCUCAUGAGCUGAGUAAUCUUAAAGGGAUUGGGUAUCUUUGUCUCAGAUUCUUAAACAAAAUCCCGGAUUUAGCUCAUGCUGCAAUCAUAAGUAUAAACCUUUAGGUCAGUCAGG